AUGUUUAACUCAUAUCCUGAGGGUAAAGAGAGCAUUACUAGCGCACCACAGGACGAGAGAAGCGUGUUGGGUCUGCAGGCGCGUAUACCCGAGUUUAUCCCUGAAGACCCCGGGUUUUGGCUAGCCCAGAUGGAAGCCCAGUUUAAGCUAACCGGGGUGACUAACCAACUAGCUAAGUUCACCCAACCCGUGGGUUGCCUCCCGAGGUCUAUGGCUCCGGGAUUACGGGAUAUCGUAUGUAAGCCGCCUACCGAUCGUCCGUAUGACGCACUACGUGAUGCAAUACUAGGCCUUUUCGGCAUGCCGAUGGAGUGCCGUCUUAAGCAGCUCCUCGGUGGCCUGCGCCUCGGCGACAAUGGCUUAGACACACCCACGAAGCUAAAGAGUUACAUGCAGGGGCAGUCUACGUCCACCAAUUCGCGCUUGAGUGACGCGUAG